UCGGCUAAUGGAUGCCGCUCGCGCAGUGACCGCCGGGGUUCACGUCCGCAGGCGCGGCCUGUCCGGUUGUGACGGCGAAGGAGCAACGGCUUCCCAGCCCGUCUUUGGCCACGUUUGUUUUCGUCUCCGCCGCUCCGGCGAAAGCCACCCGAGCGGCGAGGAGGGAUGAACUUGAACGGCGCUUCCUUCCUGGCGAGGUGAUGAUGCUGUCCCAGGCCGUUUACACGGGAGCGUCACGUGACCGCCUAUAUGCUUAUGUUUGUGUGCGCCGGUGUGCUUUUCUAUAAAGGGGCAAGUCGGAUGCCCAUUGCGCGCAGGCUAACGCGAGCGCCGGCAGAGGCUUCUUCUCACGAGCAGGACACCCAGUGCGCGUCGCGGCGGAGCCGCGCACCAUGAAGCCUGUUCUAGUACUGGCGACUGUCCUCGCAUUCGCGAGCGGAGGUUCAGUGAGCCAGCAAAGGGUUGCAACGCGUACCGGCACAAGUACGCACUUCAAGACACAGGACAGCCAAGGAAACUACAGAUUCGGCUACGACGUAGUUCAUUCUUCGGGCAGCAGCUUUCACAAAGAGGAGAGCUCCAAUGGAGUCAAAGUGGGGUCGUACGGGCUGCGAGACAUUGAUGGCCGCGUCCGCGUCGUCAACUACGUGGCGGAUGCGCAAGGAUUCCGCGCCGACGUGCGGACCAACGAGCCGGGGGUGGAACCCAUGAAGGACCCCGCCGGCGCCACCAUAAGCGGCCCGCCGCCGGUCGCUGCUCUGCCGGACUUGACGGCAGGCGAGCCCUCCGGCGAGGACGAAGAGGCUGUGGCUACAGUGACCGCAGAACCCCCGGCCGAGCUACCUGCAGAAGGCACCGCGGAUGUGCCUGCGGCGCCCACGUUGUCGACGAGUUCCACCUCGGGUCGUUCGACGGUGGUGCCUCCAGUGAGCGUCGAGCCCGACGUUAUCCAAAAUCAGCCUGGUGCAGCCAAAGACGCGGACACGUCUGUGAGUGUCCAUGCGGGAGGCGACGUUGCCCCGCCCGAAGUUUUGACCGAUGCGGAUGAGGUUAGCGCGAAGCCGCCUGCUCGUCGCCGCACUAAGCCCAGGCCUCCCGUGUUCCCGCCGUCUCCGGCGCCCCGACCCGUGCCCUCGGAGUCCCCUCCGUCCGUGCCAUUGGCUGCUCCGGCAGCUAAGGAGAUCGGCGGGGUAUCUUCCGGUCCAUCUCCAAAAAGGCCCGGGGCCCCUCCGAGGCGCAAAGUCAGUAUGCCCAGGUACCCGUUCUACGUGGACGCAGCAGACGUGCACAUCGUCGGGCCCGCCUUUCACCCGGCACCGGCAGUGCCUUUCCACCGAAGGCCCGGAGGCUUCCAGGUGGCCGCUUUUCACGGGGGAUUCCCGUUCAAGGUGGCGAGGCACCCGCCUUUCUCGCCGGCCGCGUUCGGGUACUUUCCCGCCGGUGUGCCCCAACUGUCCUUCGCCCCAAGCCACCCGGAUGGUGCCUUCCACCCGGCAUUCUACGCGAACCCAGCGUUAGCGUCCGCCUUCUUCCACUCUGCGCAGCUGAGCCACGCGGGUUUUCCCUUCGGCCAGCUCAAGUGGCCCUACCACGCACCCUUCCUGCCGCCAGUGGUGGCGUUCCCCUUCUAGGAGCGAACGAGAUCGCGCGCGCGUUCGCCUUUAUGCGCUAUUCCCACUCUGACGCACGCUCAGUUUUGCAGAAGCAUCUUUGGCGGCGGGUACGCGAGAUGAUCCACACUUAUGCUUCCCUGUUCUCGUAUCAUUCCGGCCCGAUAAAGCCCCUGCAUGACGUCUUAAGCCGGCCAGUUGGGAAGAGGGUCGAUCCAGGGGCUUUACGGCCCGACAGUGCGCAGGGCGUCACGAUCUCCUACGUAUGCAGUCGUACCUCGCCAAGAGGCAUCCGCGUGACGUCAACUUCUCUGAAACCGUGACGGAAACCCACCAAGGCGGACGCAUUCCGGGAUGGCUGCGUUUCCUGAUCUUUCGUCGAGCAAACAUCUACUCGCGAUUGCACUGCCAACUGUAAGUGCAGCGCCGCCGCUGCAAACAACGUGCGGUGGAAUACGCUCGCGCAUUUAAGAUGAUACCCACCGAUCUCUCAACGUCUCACAGUUUCUCGCGACACCGCCGGUCUGUACUCGCGCUGCUGUGUCGAGAUGCACGGGUGCCUCUGGCUGCGCGCUGUCUUUCGCUGUCUUUCAGACAAGCUUUAAAGUAAAUCCUGUUUCGUCGGGAAGAAAUAAGCUGGCGGCAUUCGCAGGCCUAAAGCUGGUCUUACAGGAGCGUGGGUCGCGAUUUUCGGCACGCGCCUUUCCGGACCGUCUCAUUCCUUCAGGCUUGUCGCAACUUUACAUUGCGCGGACUCAAGGAUCAGUUGUGCCGACGUCUUUCGAAUUCGGAGAUGAAGUUCCUGUGCUUUUUUUUUUGUCGUGGUGCCAAGGCGGCUGAAAAUACGCUGCAGAAAUAAACACGUUUACUGUA